AUGGGUCACAGAUGGAAGCGAUGGUACUCAUCGACUUCGUCCGAACCAGAAAUUGACCUGUUAUCAACGGCAUUUGGGCUACCUUCUCGAAGGGAUCUCGAACGUGCCUCCGAAACGGUCAAACCAAAACCAUCUUCUCGCUACGACUCGGACUCCGAUGCCACGAGUGAUAAUGCCCAAGUUGAAUUUGAGUCCUAUGAUAGCUCCGACCAAUCGUCCAUACACGGGAUCACCAUAAAAUCUAGGAAUAAAGGGCUAGAUCAUUUAGUCUCGCCGAUACCCAAGUCCGCGUCGAGAAAGAGACAGCAUACCCAGAGCCGAAGUUCGUCGUUAAAAUCUCAGCGGAGCACCUUGUCCAAGAAGAUCAAAGGCUCUCGAAAACUCAAAAACACGACUCGGGAUUACAAACAGCCCUCUCCCACGUCAACACCCAAAGACAAAGAACCUAGUUCCACUUCAACGUCUCCAUCGACAUAUUUAUCAACAGCAAAUGGGUUACAAGGAAGCCAGAAAUCAUCGUCUUCCCCCAGCUGGAUCAAUUCAAAUGCUCAACAAGCUGCACCCAACAAGACAUCGCAGCCACCGCUUCUAUAUUCGCAGCAACAGCUUCCGACUUUCCUGCCACAUUAUGUGCCAACAUAUCUUUUCCACCAGCAAAAAGACCCCCUCGCAACUCCAACCCCGAAAAGGAAUCAAGAUGCUUCGUCUUAUUCUCUAGGUUCUUAUUUCCAAGAGCUACAAGAACUUCAAGAACUUCAACUCAAGUUGGAUCGUCUUCGACGAGAGCUUCUGAAAGAGCCCACAGACUCACAUCUUCACAAAGACUAUCAAAAUACCCAAAGCCAGCUCAAUAAUAUUCUAGACUCGGUAGUGGCACGUAAAACAAAAGGCGUGCAGCAGAGCUCAUUGAAUACAGCAGAAAUACCCGCCGACGCAAUGAAAUCUACAGAACCUAUUGUGGAUAAAGAGAAUGUGGCCCCAGCCCCAGUCAAUGAUGAAGUCGCAAUAGAGGCUCAUUUUCCUUCUGUGCCUCAAGGUGGCAGAGAUCGCACUUUGUCAAUUGCCCAUCUGAGGGAGAAAAGCCCGUCCUGUACAAUAAGGCACCAUUUGUGUUCCUGUUGUGGCAGUGUCCGAUCUCGAAAUUUUCAUGAAAAGCACCCCAUUGACAUAUGGCCUAAACCUGUUUUGAAUUUUUGCUCAUCAUGUCGAGAGGUAACGCUUCAGAAAGGACAAAUGGAUAAACAUCACUUUUGCUUUGGUUGUGGAAAAGUUCGAUCCAAGGCUUUCCAGAAGAAACACAAACCCAAACCUGGGCUCCUCCUUCUACCAAACUACUGCGGAAAAUGUACUGCCGAAGUAAGGGUAAAGGAAGAUUUGGACGAUAUUUCAGUUCUCGAAUUGACAGCACAGUCGAUUCGACCUCCGGAGCACGAUGGCAGUGUUGCAGAUACUGCUUCCUCCACUGUUGCUGACUUAUUUAGACACGGCUCACCACAUUGCAAUUCAGACUUACCGCCAGAGGAAAUUGGUGUCAAAACAUCGAAGUCAAGAAACGCAGCGAAGCUCCGCCUUGGCCAAGCAUCGAUUGCAAAAAGUUCAUCUGCUCCGGUCAGCCCUGCUGAAUCGUCCCCCUUUUAUCCCGGACGUAGAUCAGGCUCGGCCCAGCGUCGAGCACAAAGAGAACCGGCACCGCACAUCAACGGCGAGCACCGACGAAAAACUCAUCAUUCGGUUAUUCAAGGGGAGUAUCAUGCCCCGUAUGUUGAGGAGAUGGACUCCGUUUCUGAAAAUAGAACGUCUCUCCGGAGCCACAGCCGUGUUGAAAGUUUAGGCGAUGAAACUUUCUCCAAGCAAUACCGAGAAAGGAGUGACAGGAAGAGCAGUAGGGAAAGGGUUGGAACGGCGGACCAGAAAUUAGCUCCGAUGCAGAGUCCGGGUGUCAUCUAUGAACGCACUGCAGCUUUACAGUCCUCCAAUUCGUCGGGUGAGAGAACUAUACAAUGCGAUCUCCCUAUCGACAGCAGCGGACAACACUCUAAGAUGACAAGGGAGAGUCCGCAGUAUAAUCCACAAGAUCUUCCUCAUCAAGGCCCCUUCCAUGAACCGUCCAAGUUCUCAAAGGGCGUCUUCGGAAAGAACAACAAGGAUAGUGGCUGUGGUUCUGGCCAGGCGAUUCGGCAAAAGUCGCCACUUGCCGACAUUGAAUACUCUCAUUAUACUACAACAUUCAGCAAUGGAGAAGAAGAUAAAUCUGAAACUCGCACUGGGGCUACUGAAAAGCCUGAAACGCCCCAAUUUCGGUCAUCUCGAGGGGCGUUUGGGCCAGACUACAGUCCCAAACGGUCUCACUUCAGUAUGUUUCAAUUUGGCCGGACAGGCUCUAAUCGGUCAGGAACCAGAAGUCCAGAUGCAACAGAGAACAAUAGGCCGGCGCCGAGCGCCGAGUGGGAAGAAAACAGCUCGCAAAUCGGUACGGGCGAAUACUCUCAGCCAGGUCAUAGAAAUUCAACCACCCCGUCCUUUUCUUCAGGUUCAAACGCCAGCAAGCCUACAAACAAGUUCAAACCACACAUCCCCAAUGAGACAGCAUACGCCCGCUCCGUCUUCACAGAUUAUUCCCGCUCUAUCGAUAAUCCAUACUACAAGCCCCGAAGUCGCCCAAUCCACAAUGCCACGAACAGCGAUUUUUGCAGCACGUGGGACUGGAAGAGCAACAGGGGGGCGAGUACCCAGAACCCAAGACCCUAUGACCGGCACUUUCACGAUGGUGUACCAGAGCCUAUAAUUGAGGAGCCAGCUUCGCCGCCUUCGUCGCCUGUCCAGCCAACAAAGCUGCUUGAGUUUCACAUUCCAAACGACUCCUCCUCAUCGUGGGAGCCCGAGACCGAAGAGGAUAAUAAUUGCUUAGCAGAACGUAUCGAUAUUGACCCUACUGUGUCCUUCUCGGAAGUCACCGAGCCUAUGAGCGCAAUUACGCAAUAA